AUGAAUCGUUACAUCCCAUUGAUAGACAAGCUCUUGGAUUUCACCGAAAACGAAGAAGUCACUCCGCAUGUGGUGGUCAAAAAGCUAGGUAGUUUUCUUAAUAUAGCAUUUGACGAUGAAACAAGACAUGAUCUCAAAACCCUUGUACGGGAACGUAUGCAAGUGCUUCAAGAAGAAAAAAAUCAAGCAGUGGAAAAUGAGAAUAUGAUAAAGAAAAGAUACAAUGACUUUCUAAAGCAAAGUAUACUUCGUGAGAUCAGAAGAAAGGCAUUGAUGGAGCUUCUAUUCACACGUACUACUAUGAAACGAGAAUAUGAAUACAAACAUAUCCAAGCGCAUGACAACGAUGGGUCGGAAAGAAAACAGUCCAAUUUGAUAGCAAGACUCUUGAGAAACAAUAAGACGUUGCUUUACAAGUUGGAUCCUCUGCUUAAUAUGUAUAACUUCCGACCUAGUCAAGAGACGUUAACUGAGUACAGUAGGUUGAGAAAAAAAAGAAGAGACUCACGUAGGAGAUACAAAUCCUUUGAAGAGUCAUGGAGGAACUUACAUAACAAUCCUUUUAUCAACUUUCUCUAUCUAUGGGACGAGGAACUGCAAAACUUCCUUGGUACUAAGCUGCCACUUACAUUCGGUGAAGUUUACUUCUCGGUGUUUAAGUACAUUGGCGAAAAGGGGCUCUAUCAAUCUUACUUUGUUCCUGAUGAUAGAACAAAAUUCAUAUUACGAUCACCAGAUGAUAAACCGGAUCGACAGGCGUUGUUUGCAAUCAUCUCCACCUUCCGUCGUGAUUUUGUAGGCGAAAUUAAACGAGACGGAGCAAGGGUUCUUAACGACAAAGAGGGGGGCACCAUCAUCCCCAUCUCUAAGUACAACAUUUCAAAGGACAUGCUUGAGAAUCAGAUGGAAUAUAUGCUAUCCCAGUUAGACAUGGAAACAGAGUAUCCAAAGUUCUUUGGACAACACAAAGUAAGGAAGAAGAAGCCACUUGCACGCCCGAAGGAGGGAAUCAAAUGA